UAAAGGACUGCGCAUGAGAAAGCACUUUCACUUUUGUUUGAGCCUCGGCAAAGAAACACAAACCUCAGAACGCAGAGUUUUGCUGCAUUUUACUGCAACACUUUUCUCUCUUGCUGGUUGCUUUGAACCCUCUUCACCAUCAUGCCAGUGGUCACAUCCAGCCUCUCUAAUGAUCAGCAGAACAAGCUGCUCUCCCUCCUUGGUCAUGUCAGACUCCACCUGCUCUACAAAGCCAGCAUCCACGGCUACACUGCUGCUGCCUUCCAUAGCCGCUGCGACAUACAAGGUCCCACCGUUAUCGCCGCCUACAACGGCGCCGGGUUUGUCUUCGGGGCCUACACCUCCAAGGACUACACCCAGAGUAAAGAGGAAGUCAGUGACAAGGAGGCUUUCCUCUACAGUAUCAGUGCUGAGGGCAACAAACCACUGAAGAUUUCAGGUAUCACAGGGAAGUGUGCUUUCACAGAUGCAGACAGCGGUCCAGAUUAUGGCGCUCUGGUGUUUCUGCAUGAAGACAAACCUGCAGUAAAGUCCAAUCCGGGCACAAGCUUCAACUUUAAAGACACAGAGAUGCACGGAGAUAACUUGGAACUGACUGACUUUGAGGUGUAUCGAGUUGAAGACUUGGGGGAUCUCCUGGCCAAACCAUGGAGGAACAUCCAGUGGACGGAUGAGAAAAAGCAGCAGUUGACGAAGGCCGUCCUGAACUACCAGCCUGCCAUCAAAACGGUGCAUCAAGCCCGAGUGUUGCUGGUGGGCCCCGUUGGCGCCGGCAAAUCCAGCUUCUUCAACUCCAUCAACUCGGCGUUUCGAGGCAACAUGACGUCUCAGGCCAUCGCUGGCACAGCAGAGUCGAGUGUCACCACUCAGUUUCGCACCUACACCAUCAAGGCAGGGAAAGGUGGCGGAGCUGUUCCUCUGAUCUUGUGUGACACAAUGGGCCUAGAGGAAAACCCUGAUGCUGGUCUGGACAUUGAAGACUUAGUCAGCAUCUACAAGGGUCACAUCAAGGAUCGCUAUCAGUUUAGUUCGUCUGGGCCUCUCCUGGCAGAUGCUCCCGGCUACAAGAAGAGCGUAACUUUGAGUGACAAGAUUCACUGUGUGGUUUAUGUGGUCGACACCUGCAAGGCCUCAAUUCUCAGCCAGAAAAUGCGGGACAAGUUUGCUGCCAUUCGGAAGAAAACCAACCAGCUGGGAAUUCCUCAGAUUCUGCUGAUGACUAAAGUCGAUGAGGCCUGUCCACUGGUGGGAGAAGACCUGAAGAAUGUUUAUCGCAGCACUUACAUCCAAAAGAUGGCGCAUAAGCUGAGCGAUUCUCUGGGUAUCCCUUUGAACUGUGUGCUGCCGGUGAAGAACUACAGCCAGGAGCUGGAGCUGGAGCAGGACACUGACACGCUGCUGUUGGCUGCUGUGGAGCAGAUGCUCAACUACGCCGACAACUUUUUUGAAAACCAGGUUGUCGAGGAUCAAGGCGGGGAUGAUAAGCUGGAUCUCUACAGAUCCAAUGAUCAUCUCCCACCUGCCCUAACUGAACAACGGGUUGUCUGAAAAUCAGAAUAAUGAGUCUGUUAAUCUGAUGUACAGUAAUGUGCAAAAAUGUUGUGUUGUGGAUGUUAUGAUUCUUAUUCAUCAGCGAGGCUUGUGAUGCAUCUAAAAUUCAUUGAGCCGUACAACAACAACUCCAAAGAUACAGCUAGAAUCUUAAAGAACUAAUUAUCUUCUAAAUUAUCUUCAGUGAAUAGGAAGAACAACUAGUCCUGAAAUGGAUGCUUUGGCCUCCAUAAUGCCCUGAACUCAAUUUAAUUGUAUUAAUCUGGGAUGAAGAUGCAAUCAGACGCUGUGGCAAGUUCCCCAAGAUCACGGAAAAACCUACAAAAUUCGUACAGACAAAUUAAAACAAAUGUUUUUCUUAUUUUCUACACUUUGUAUGGAGUUAAUUUGUAAAAUGAUUGAAAGGUAUACAUGGCCUUAUUUUUGAUUGCAUCAGAACUAAUAAUUUGCACAGAAGUGUAUUUUUUUUAUCUGUCGAAAGGUUAAAUUUAAUAGACUGUUUACUGUUAUUGGCAUUAAGGCAAUUAUUUAAGGCAACUAUUGCGCUCAGUUACAGCUAAGCCUAUCAGUGAUGUUACUGAAAGCUCCAGAUCUGACUUUGAAUUGAGAUUAUUUCAUCAGCUGCUGCUUCCAAAGUCAAGAAUGAACUUUUAAACCUUUGCAAGAAUGAGGGUGAAAAGUCUUCCCAGUGUUACAAAGCUAACUGCACCAUGUUGUGAUCCAGAAUUACUGUGUCCACUUUGAGUUCCAGAUGUCUGGAAACAUUUGCAUGUAUGUUUUCCGCUGAACUGAAAAUAAAAAAAAAGAUCUCAGUUGGUCAGAUGUGACCAGAGUUUCUGAAAAAUGCAACUAUAUCCAGUUUUACACACUUGGUAUCGCCCAAGUGCACAUUAAUAAAAUAAAUCAAUAUUCAAACAUG